UUUAUCGUACAGGCCUACUACAUUUUGGUCGUAGUGUAUACGAUAGAGAUGCACGUAUUACAAAAGAUUUAAAUUUAUCAAAUCAAGUGUGCGAUAAAAGAAAAAAGAACAUUUCUUAUCAUCAUCAAAGUUGGGGACAGCAACUGAUUGGGGAGGCUGAGUGUUGAUUGAAUUUCAUGUUCAGUUAUUUAGACACAAACGGCUCUAUAAGGGAUGGAUCCUUUCGAGGCUGACGAAAUCACACCUGUUGUUGUUCCGGAACCUAUCCGCUCGGCAAUUUAUCCGGUUGAAGUGGAAGAAGAAGACGUCAUAGAUGAAAAUGAGCUAACCCCUGGUGACGAGAAUAACAGCAAAGGUAAAUCAAAGAGUAAAUUCACAUCCGGAUUCAAGAAUGUCCUUCCAUUCGGUAAAUCCUCGACACCAGCAGCGGAUGGGGAAACUACGCAGCAAGAACCACUAACGGAUGGCCAGGAAGCCAAAUCCAGCAGAUUCCCUUCCAGAUUUAAGAAUGUCCUUUCAUUCGGCAAAUCUUCAACACCACCAGCGGAUGAUGAAAAUACUCAACAAGAACAGCAAGUGGAUGGCCAGUCUCAGAUAACAGCUUUACUCUUGGACUUGGAAGCCAAGCCCAGUAGAUUUACAUCCGGAUUUAAGAAUAUUCUUCCCUUUGGCAAAUCUUCAUCAACACCAGCGCAGGAUGGGGAAACACUCCAGCAAGAUGAGCCAUCGGAUGGCCAGUUAACUCAGGAAGCCACGCCCAGCCGAUUCACCUCCGGAUUAAAAAGUGUCUUCUCGAUAGGAAAAUCGGAAACUACCGCCGACGCUCUCAACGAGUCAUCAACGGAUCCAGCGGAAGCGAAGGCGUCACAUCCGUGGACGGAUGGAAUCAAAAAUGCUUUAUCAUUCAAUAAAUCACCUGGCCAAUUUGGCAAUCCCAACGAGAUGUUAACAAAUGCAAUGGACGGGGAAAUCGGUGGUCCAGUUGCGGUCGUCGGAAAUAACGCAACGGCCAACGGAAAUAAGAAUUUGCCAGCAGGUGCGGUUGCUGCUGCUGCUGCCGGUAACAAGUUGCCAGCAGCAGCGGCCCCGCAACAGGAUGCCGAUUUCACCAUCAUUUCGGACGGAUUCAACAACAAGAAAACGUUGGCCAACGGACUGAUGGAUUUCGCUUUCCUGACGGCCAACGCCAAUCAGCUGCACUACGCUCUGUCUGCCCGAGCGUACGAUAUCGAUCGCAUCGUCAGCAUCGCCCUCAUCUCGUCCAGCAUUUUCCUGCAGAUUGUGGCUGGCGUUCUCCUGAUUUCCGGGUCCUACAUCCAAGCUAAGCCGAUCCCGAUCAACCGCAACACUACCGAUCCCAAUUCGAAAGCUUCGCUGGCCGCCUAUCUGCAAUGGCGAGCGAGAGCGUUGAAUUUGAUCGAUCACUGGACGAUCGCUCUGGUAUUCAUGAUCGCCAUCAUCAACAUUUUCAUUGCGGCCUUCGCCACCGGAACCAAGAGCGUUAACACCAACACGGAUCCGGAUACGCCACCAGAGACGCCGCCAGUUGAAACCGUUUGGCAAAUUGGCAAUUUGAUUCGAAAUUAUUUCUAAGAAUUAUUUGAAAAGUCCAUUUUAGGCAGCAGCACACAGGUUAUUUUGAAUUGUUUUAUUCCCCACGACAAAGAAAAUAAACCGGGUGAAUGAGGACGUUAUAAA